GUUCAAGUCAAAGGCACUUUGUGAACAUUCGAGAAAGCGACAGAUUGUUAUCUCUUAAGAUUGCAGGUCAAAAUAUGGACCAACUUAAUACAUGUACUUGAUGCAAACUGUGCCACAAAUGGUAGAAUUCACAUUCUUUGACCUGUCCGAGGUUCGUGCAACACUUCAUUUUCGGAAGGAAUUAAUCCCAUUGGAAUGAGUCCAAACGUUCACAGACGGAUGCUGUUUUAUCUGAGCAAUCUGACCAUGUUCGCCAUUUUUACCAGUCUAUUAACUGGGUUUAACUUGAUUAGGUUUGAAAAAUCGGACCAGCUUACACGGAUCGGAGUGCCACGGCCGAGACAGACCGAGGCUGAGUGGUGUUCCGCCGUUCUGCUGGGCCACGCUGAUUCAGACAGCAGCACAGUGGAAGACCUCUUUGCCCUGAUGCCUCCAGACUUUGAGCAAAAGUUUAAGAAUCCAUGUUUCUACGACGCUUGCCAUCAGACUAAUAAUGGAACAAAAAGAAAGCUCCGCUGUCUCCCUUUUUUUCAUGUGUUGGGCGUAGACAAAUGUGGUUCAACAGAUUUAUAUUAUCGCAUAGUGCGCCAUCCUCAGAUCUCCCCAAAUAAUGGAGUCCUUCAUAAGGAAACCUCGUGGUGGUCGUGGCGGCGGUAUGGACACAAACUUCGGACUGAUACUCAUCACAAGGAAUCAUUCAUUGAUUAUCUACAUUACUUUGAUGGACUCUCAGAAAAACUUGAAAAAGACUCUAGUAGCUAUAAUAGUAUAACAGUUGAUGGAACACCCAUGGACUUCUGGGACUUUACAGGAUGGCCACAGAUUCCACAAAAUGUGAACGUCGGGAAUCCUAAAAUUCUGACCCCUCAUUUGAUGAAAUAUUUGAAUCCCUACGUCAAGUUCAUCUUGAUAUUUCGACAGCCCUCUGAAAGGUUGUUUUCUGAUUACAUUUUUCUGAAGCUUGGAGAGCCUACAGCGAAAGCUUUUCAUGAGAAAGUUUUAAAAUCAAUAAAAAUGUUCAACAAUUGCUGUGCAAACAACACGGUGCGGGCUUGCCUGUUCAGUAGAGAACUUCAAAUCAAAAUGCCGGUUCGUCUUCAUGUCGGUGUAUACUCUGUGUUUCUUGAGGAGUGGCGGAAGGUGUUCGAUAUGGAAAACUUCUUAUUUCUCAGAACAGAGGACUACUCCAAAAAUAUAAAAGGCACAUUAAAAAAAGUCUUCACCUUCCUUGGAGUUGAUGACAUAACAGAGACAAUGAUGGAAGAUAUUUCGAAAGGAAAAAGAGUUUACGAAACGAAAAGAAAGAAAAAAUCCGGAACAAUGCUUUCAGAAACUAAGCGUAUAUUAGAUAAUUUUUAUUAUCCGUAUUUGCGCAAGUUACAUGCUUUAACAAACGAUGAUCGCUUUCUUUGGCAAAACAAAUAACUUUUUGGUUAUCAAUUCAGACGCAAGUUGCCGGCAAGCCGUGUAGAAAGAACACAUACUAGUAUACGAAUAAUGGGGGCAUUGUCAAUGUUAAGCUUUACCUACCGUGGAUGCUGUUGUGUUAAUGUGGUAUGGGACACCUUGAGAUAAGCACAUCACAUUCAAAAUAUAAAUACCGUUUUAAAAUUUCCAACAUUUAUCAUAGAAUGUAUUUAAAAAUUUUGUAAAGGUAAGAAAUGUAAAAGCCAGAGAAGGUUUCAAACUCGGAACUUGUUGAUCAAUGUAGCGAUGCACAUGUCGCACAUGCCAGAAACAAGUGUUUUAUAGGGAAGUUAAUAAGUUUGCUAUUUUUAUUAUAGUAAGGAUUAUUACAGAAUUUUUAGCACAGUCACGUGAAAGCAAUCGACCAAUCAUAUGCUUGGGGAAAAUACGACAUUAUAACAAUAUUCUUUAUGUUGUCAUAAUAUGGAGGUCUUUCAUACCCCCUUAAUGUAACACUUUCGUUAUCUUUUUUGUUUCCAUUGUUUGACUCAUACUUCGUUGAAUGUCUGUCGUAUUAAACUAUGGAACAUGGAAAA